AUGCCACCGAAAAGAAGGGCCUCCGAGAUGACCGAAAACUCUGAAAAGACCGAAAUCAUUCCUCUUCAAAAGAUUAGAGAGGCCGUCGAACAAAAGAAGAAAGACAUCAAUGUCUUCCGCACAAGCCAUAAAAUGAUAGAAAGACGCGUGGCAGCAAACGAUAAGGAAAUCGAGGAAUAUAGAAAAAUGAUGGAACGGUGCGAAGAUCUCAAAAUUAUCAACAAACGAAACCUUGAGGUUUUUCAAAUUAAAAUUUGCGAUUCGGGAAAUGAGAUAAAAGAGCUAGAGGCUAUCCAGAAUCGAGGGGAGGAACUCGAGAAGAAGCUGUUGGGGUCUGCGAAGAAGGAGUUAGCGGAUAAUGUGGAGAGUAUGCUUCGGGAAAGACAAGAGGGUAAAAAUACAUUGCUACAGACGAAGUAUGAGGCAGAAUCACCAACUUCAAAACCAAAGAAAGACACACAUGCGAAUGGCGAUUCGGAAUACAGAAAUGGUCAUGAAUACUAG